AAUCAUUUUUUUUUUAAUCAUUAAGUAUCGUGUUUCGUGUUCUUCCUAUUUACCCUCUCCCUCUCUCUCUCUCUCGAUCACUUCGAGACAUACCGAUUGAGAAUGGGGAAGGCCAAGUCAUUCAAGGACGAGUUCACUUCCGAGCAAAGACUCGAAGAAUCACGCGAUAUUAUUGCCAAAUACCCAGACAGAGUUCCUGUAAUUGUUGAGAGGUAUUGCAAAACUGACCUUCCUGAAAUGGAAAAGAAGAAAUUUCUGGUUCCUCGAGACAUGUCUGUAGGGCAAUUCAUUCAUGUACUAAAUAUCAGGCUUCGUUUGACACCUGGAAAAGCGCUUUUUGUGUUCGUCAAGAAUACCUUGCCUCAGACAGCUACUCUAAUGAACUCUGUCUAUGAAUCCUUCAAGGACGAGGAUGGAUUUCUGUACAUGUGUUACAGCAGUGAGAAGACCUUCGGUCAUGCUACUACUUCGUAUCUGCAACCUUAAACCAUUAAAAAUUGUUGUACAAUCUUGCAAUUCUCACUAUAGCCUAUCACCUAGUACUGCUAUGUGCAUCUGGUAUCUGAGGUCAUCAUUCAUGCUGUAAAUGCUUUCCAUGUAAUUAUCUGAUAUUGUCCCAAAGCAAAUAAAAGAAGAAUUCUAUUCUUUUA